AUCAACGAGUAUGCAGAGGAGAUGCGAGCAUACCGUGCGAGCGAGAAUCCAAAGAAGGCGGCGGGCAAAGUCUUUGUUUCUGUCGAGUCAUUCCAGCCCGCUAACCUCGGCGUCCCCUUCGUGGCCACCACGCGCUUCUUCUCCAUCCUGGACAAUGGUCUUCACGUCGUCAAGACGGGCAUGUCAACGCUGAGACCAGGCCAAGGGUCAGUCAGUUCCAUCAAGCAGGAAUUUGAGCUGAUUCAACACAAGAAUCUCGAAUUCAGUUUGACCCUCUAUGUUCAGAGGGAUGCUCACCUGAUUCAGGCUGCCAAAUCGCGACAGGUCUCGGCAGCAGUAGCCACACCACCAGCAAGCCCAACGAAGAAGUCUUUCAUGAGCCGACUUCUCCGGAGUCCCAAGAAGCAGGCAAGUCGCGCCGAUGCGGCAGAAAAGCCUGCUGAGCCAUCUCUGAUGUCGUUCCUGAAUCAAGAGGGAGCUCUUGGCAAGGUCAACAUCGUCUUUGAGAAGGUGGCCUCGAAGUGCCUGGGCAAAGCACUCACCCUAGAAUUGCCAGUGUAUGGCGUCGCCGACCCUCCGUCUGCCCUCUCACGGAACAGUGUGGACUCUCGCUCUGGCUCCAACCUCUCACGCAACGUCAACUCAAGUCGAGGAACGCUCAAGAUCACCUUGUUCUACCUGCCUCCUAUGCCUAGUGUACCAAAGCAGAUGCUGCCGCAGAACAUGCAAGAGUGUAUCAAAGGUAUGCAGUACGCCAAGUGGCACCACGGUGGAGAGAGGCUAUCAGGGACUCUGACUCAACAGGGCGGUGACUGCAGCACGUGGCGAAGACGACCUGUCAAGGCGCAAAGCUCGUACCUGGUGUGCUACAACGAAAUCACCAAGAGACCCACGGUGAAGAUCGAUCUCUCCAAGGCUGAGAAGAUCGAAGAAGCCUGGGAUCCUUAUAGCUCUGACCCAGUCAGGAAGAACGGAGCCUCCACCAAGACUCGCAGUGGUGCUGUGAUCCACAAGUAUAAUGUCACCGAGGAGUCCGACGAGUCGUGCAACGUGCCGAGGUCAUUCCGAAUCACCUUUGCAGACGGUGAGAGGAUUUCCUUCUUUGCUGAUACGGAUGAGGAGAAGGUGCAAUGGAUCGAGGCUAUGGCGGAGAUGAUCCACACACCUCGACCUCCCAAUCCAAUGUGGGCUCAGGUGGCCUUUGAA